CGGCGCUUCGUCAUGCGGGCUGCAACAACUACAUAACGGCGCGUCCGAGCGACAUUAUGGAAGAACGAGUCCGGCUACUGUCUUCGAAGCUUUUCCUGAAGCACAGGCAGGUAGAAGUUGUCCUGAGCCGCAGCGUCUUCGCGUGGAAGGAAACUGAGAGGAGCAGAACACGCAGCUCCGGGAUCAUCAGCAACAGUGCUGAAGCAGCACACACUGUUCAGGUGGGUGAAAUCGUGGCUGUCCUCAGGACCAGAGGCGAUGACCACCGAGACAACGCGGAGACCAGGAGGAGUCAACGAAAGGCGGAGCCGCACUCGGCGCUGUAUCCUCAUGCAUUCACAGUUUCCUACGUUCGAAGAACAAGGCGGCACCAGUGGCGCUGCAGCGACGUCACCUUCCGCUCUGCCGACGAGAAACUCUGCGAGCGGUGGAUCCGAGUUAUCAAUGAGCAACUGGCUCUGCUCACCGACCGACCGAAGAGCCUUCUGGUGUACAUCAAUCCCGUCGGGGGAAAGCAGUGCGGGAAGCGCAUUUACGAGCAGAAGGUGGCUCCGAUGUUUCGCCGCGCUAGCAUCUCAGCCGACGUGAUUGUUACAGAGCGGGCCAAUCAUGCCAGGGACCACUUGAAAACCGAGGCCAACUUAGAUAAAUAUGACGGGGUGGUGUGUGUGGGUGGAGAUGGGAUGUUCAGCGAGGUCCUGCACGGGUUGGUCACCAGGAUCCAGACGGACAACGGCGUGGACCAGAACCAACCGGAUGCCGAGUUGGUGCCGUGUUCUCUACGCAUUGGGAUCAUUCCUGCCGGGUCCACUGAUUGUAUCUGCUUUGGCACAGUGGGAACCAACGAUCCAGUUACCUCUGCUCUACACAUCGUUGUGGGGGACUGCCAGCCAAUGGACGUGUGUUCAGUCCACCACAAUGACGUCUUCCUCAGAUACUCCGUCUCGUUGCUUUACGGUUUCUAUGGGGACGUGCUGGCAGACAGCGAGAGGACGCGAUGGCUGGGUCCUGCUAGAUAUGACCUGUCGGGCGUAAAAACCUUUCUGAGUCAUAACUACUACGAGGGUACGAUCUCUUUCCUCCCCGCUAAGAACAACAUGGGGGACCCCCGGGAUAAGCUCCAGUGUCGAUCCGGGUGCCGGGUCUGUCAGCACAAGCCCUCAUCAAAAGACCUGCGGUGGGAGAUGUCAGAGGAGAAGGAAAAGUCUGAUAAAGAUCGUUGGAGUGUGAUCCGGUCAAAGUUUAUUGCCAUCAACGCGGCCAGUAUGAGCUGCGCGUGUCCCCGCAGCCCCAAAGGCCUGUCGCCCGCCGCUCACCUCGCCGACGGCACCACAGACCUCAUCCUCGUCAGGAAGUGCUCCCGUCUGGACUUCCUCAGACACCUCGUCCGACACACCAACAAAGAAGACCAGUUUGACCACUCGUUUGUGGAGGUCCACCGGGUGAGGAAGUUUCGUUUCCAGCCGCGGUACCAUGAGCCGGAUUCACCAGAGCAUCCGAUCGAGAGUCCAAAGGUGACAGGCUUCAGUCCCAUAUGCUCGGCUCCAACAACAUGCAACUCCAGCACCUGCCACAGCAGCUGGAACUGCGACGGGGAGAUCCUGCCUGGCGCUGCCAUCCAAGUCAGUGUCCAGUGCCAGUUGAUCAGGCUGUUUGCCCGCGGUAUUGAGGAGCAGCAGCAGUGUUUGUUAGAGAACCCGUGUACACUGUGGCCCCUGGAGCCAAGCACACACUAGUCAGUGGACUGAGACCUGGACGACAGAACAUUUUGCUGCUGGAAAACAAAAACCGAGUUGCACUUGGCUCGACUUUCUCGCAAUAAGACAUUAAAUCGCAUCGGUGUAAAUCCCGAAAGCUGGCGUCCUAUCCCUCCUUCGUGUUUUUACUCAAAUGAAAUUUGCAGAACGUCCUCUCAAUGCACAAGAAGGUGAAGGUGAAAGAAAGCUGAUAAUAAUAAGCAGGAAAAUGCCACAGGAAAGAUACAGCUAUUGCAUGAUUUGUUGUUACUGAGGGGAUGGUUAUCGCCUUGCAUGCAGCCAUUUGGGAUUUUUAUGUGCAAAACUGCCUAAUGCUGCUUUUACAGACCCCGAAUACGAUAUGCCACCGCUGCCAUAUUCAAACCUCGGUUUCAGCCUUUUUUAAAUAUAUAUAUAUAUAUAUAUAUACAUGUACUGUUUUUUGAAAAUGGAAGAUUUUGAAACCCAGAGGAUCUCAAGCCACCAGAUGAAACGGCUAAACUGGACUGAGCUGGACUCAUCCGCGACAAUCGGUGCUGCCAUAAAGGAGAACACAAAUAGGAUUUCUCCCCGUGUAGCAAAGAGAGACAGCCGAGGAGAUACUGCUUGGUGAGAGGGACGAAGAAGAAAAGCCUCUGAAGUACACGGAUAAACUGGCAAAAAGAGAAAAGGAAAACGGAUCUUGAGAAAGAAAACAUUUCAUCUGUGACCCAGGUGGAAGCAGAUAUGAGCCAGGGGCACUAAUGAAAAGAACUGAAUACCCUGCUAAUACACUAACAGGACCCCGGUGGGUUCUGGGUAAUAAGGCAAAGUGGUUGCUAAGUGAUUUGGUGUGUCUCAGCACUGCUGCGGUGCACCUGUGGCUCUGAGCUCUGCUUCUCCCUAGCCCAAAACUACUGCCAGUCGACUCCUCACCAGGGAUUAGCCAGAAUUACACAUGGUUAACUGUAUUAAAUAUAAUAUAUUGUGUAGCUCUGAAAUUGGCCCAAUUACCUCAUAUUUUAUAAAGUCAGACCAUCAGAGAAUGCUACCUCUGCAUUGAUUAACUAGAACGGGCACUCGGUAGAGCGCAUACCUUCGCAUAUCACAAGAUUGGGCAUUGAAUUAUGAACAUUUUGGCAUUAGUUGCAUGCCAAUUGGAUAAAAAUUGAUACGGUAAAAAAGAAGAUUUUGACCUUUUCAUGACUUUGACCCGAUCGAUCCCAAAAUCGAAUCAAAUGGUCCCCAGAUAAUAACCAAUCAUCCCACCAAAUUUCAUGCGAUUAAAGAAGAUUUUGACCUUCUCAUGACCUUGACCUUUGACCCGAUCGAUCCCAAAAUCUAAUCAAAUGGUCCCCGGAUAAUAACCAAUCAUUAUACCAAAUUUCAUGCGAUUCAAGAAGAUUUUGACCUUUUCAUGACCAUGACCUUUGACCCGAUCGAUCCCAAAAUCUAAACAAAUGGUCCCUGGAUAAUAACCAAUCAUCCCACCAAAUGUCAUGCGAUUCGGUGUAAUACUUUUUGAGUUAUGCGAGUAACACGCAUACAAAUAAAUAAAUACACGGCGAUCAAAACAUAACCUUCCGCAUUUUCAAUGCGAAGGUAAAAAUACAGUUUCACAAGUGUGUGUGUGUGUUUCAUGAUCUUUGUAGGGUCAUGCAAUCAUUGGAGUGUGUAUGUCGUAACGUAGUUGUGGAUGUGCGACUGUGAUGAGUUAGCUCGAUCACAAUUAGCCUCAUGACUGCUGUUCAGCAGAUGCUCUUUUACUCCUGCCAACACACACACCUAUAGAUGAGCAAAGACAGAGAGACACACACACACACUAAAACGUACUCGCGGACACAGAGGAACUUUGCAAGCUUUCGGGUCUGACCACACAUAUUUGACAAAGCUAAAGGGUUUAGCAAUGUAUGACAGACAUUGCAAACAAAGUCAAACUGAAAUUUUAAUUCCCUCUCACUUCUGUAGGCUAUGCACACAAAAAACUAGCCUAUAAUGAUACUGCAGCCAAUGGAAGUCAGCAGGCCAGGAGAACUAGCUUGCACCCACAGCUUCUGCUUGUUAGCUUCCGCUGGUUAGCAUCCACUAGUUAGCUAAUGCUAGUUAGCUGAGCUUGCUAAUGUUAGCGCUGAUUCCUGGACAUUAGUUUGUGUUCAUGCAAAAGAAAAUUAAUAAUAUUUUAAAGUCUUCUAGUUUAGACUGUUUGAGUAGCUGCCGAGUACCUCCAGUCGUACUGAUUUGUUAGAAAAAAAUUGUUUUGUUUCAGUUCGACUUGUGGAAUUUAUGCUGCUCUCCAUUAUCGAGUCAAUGUAGGAACAAGCUAUGAUGUUAGUAUGUGAUGAUUUUCAUAAAAAUGCUCAAUAAAGUGCUAUUGAAUUGGG